AACGAAUCCAGGAUGGUUCAAGAGUCUUUGUUACCUCGUAUAUCUGAUGGUUGUUAUCAUAUUCAUUAAAAUUUUUGUAUACGCAAUCGAUCCCCAAUAUCCUUCUCGGCCCGCGGAUACAUCAAUGAUUCCUUAUGAAUACCAAUUGAGAUAUAAAAGUCAUUGGGGUCAUAGUUAUGUCGUCGAGAGUUCAGUCACCGAAUUCGACGAGGAUGAUCGCCAAGUCCAAAAUAAACGCAUGGAUAAUAAACACUCAACUAAUAUUGAACCAAAACUAAAUUUUAACUCACGCGCUUCCUCACGAUAUUUCAAAGCUUCAAAAGGCGACUAUUCAAACUCGCAAAACUCCUGUCGAUGCCAGGCGAAGCUCACCAAACGCGCUGAAAUAGUGGCUCACCAGUUGACUCUUGAAAAUUUCAAGGUUUUUGAGUUUAGAUAUGAUCGAAGCGGAAAUGUUUGUAUG